UCCUAUCCGCAUUUGUAUCCUUGAAACAUGGUCUUCCAGCUAUUAAUUCUCCAGGUCAGAAACAGAGGAUAUCCUCAAGCUAUUUAACUGUCAAGGGUUGUACUUGUUGAAUAUAUUGCAGAUUUUUGUCUUUCCAAAUCUUUUAUGCAACCUUGUCUCCUUUGAUUCAGAUUCUACUUCGUCAUGACUAGCCAUGGCUUUUAUUCAAAAUCACAGGCUUCGUGCAUUGGUGUGGCACUAUUAUUUUGCACGUCUUUAGUUAUUCCUAGUUUUGCAGAGCUUGAAAGGCUUGAACACCCCGCUAAAGGUGAUGGAUCACUUAGCUUUUUGGUGGUUGGAGACUGGGGGAGAAGAGGCUUCUACAACCAGUCUCAUGUUGCUUUUCAGAUGGGAAAGAUUGGGGAGAAACUAGACAUAGAUUUUGUCGUCUCAACGGGAGAUAAUUUCUAUGAUAAUGGAUUAACGGGUCUAAAUGAUCAAGCAUUCGAAGAGUCAUUCACCAAGAUCUACACAGCUACGAGCCUGCAAAAACAAUGGUAUAGUGUAUUGGGAAAUCAUGACUACAGAGGUGAUGUAGAGGCACAAGUACACCCUGCGCUUAGGAAGGUUGAUAGUAGAUGGCUUUGCCUUAGAUCUUUCAUCCUUAAUGCAGAAAUAGCGGGGUUCUUCUUCGUCGACACCACUCCAUUUGUCAACGACUAUUUCACUGACAUAGAUCAUACUUAUGAUUGGCGAGGUGUGACUCCUCGAAAAGCAUACCUUGAUAGCCUUAUUAAGGAUUUGGAAUCUGCAUUGAGCGAAUCAACUGCGAGGUGGAAAAUUGUUGUCGGUCACCAUGCAAUCAAAAGUGCUGGGUAUCAUGGAGACACAAAGGAACUCAAUGAUCUACUUCUACCAAUGCUCAAGGUAAAACGAUUAGCAGUGUUAUUGUUAAUCGUAAACAUCCUUCUGAAAGAGCUACAGAAUUUCUGGUCCUAUAACAAGCUUGAAUAUAUAGUUUUUUUUUUUCCUCGCGGUAGAUGAGAAUAUAAUAUUGUUGAUAUGUACUAGUACUAUAAUAUGCUUGAUCAUGGUGUGAAAAUGUAGGCAUACAAUGUCGAUAUGUACGUGAAUGGGCAUGACCACUGCCUAGAACACAUCAGCAGCCUUGAUAGGUAAGAUAGGCAAAAACCUUCUACCAUAUUGAAAAUAUUUUCUAAUGGGAAAUUCCUUCCAUCUUUUUCCUUAAAAGCAGUCCAGUCCAAUAUCUAACAAGUGGAGCUGGUUCAAAGGCAUGGAGGGGAGACCUCAAUCAACACUAUAAGGAGGAUGAUUUGAGAUUCUUCUACGACGGUCAGGGUUUCAUGUCAGUGCAAUUGACCAAGAACGAUGCUGAGAUUACGUUCUAUAACGCUUUUGGCAAGAUUUUACACGAAUGGAAGGCAUUGAAGGAGCUUCACUCAGCAGUAUAAACCAGUUAGCAUAUUGUGUAAAGUAUUUUAGGAACUGGAGACAAUCUGUAAAUAUAUAUGUGCAUGUGUCUUCGGCACUAUCUGCUUCUAAUCCUAGUUAGCUGUGAUCUAUCCAUGUGGUUGGAUAAGGAUGUUUUCAAGUUAUUUACGAAAAAGAAGUGUUUGACGUUCAUGAAUCAUGAAUUAAUAGCUUGUUUCAAGCAAUAAGAUUGGCUACUGAA